UUCAAGGCGUGAGGCCCCGAGGCUCUCUGGGGGAUGGCCUCGUCCCUCACUCAGUGGCCCCGCGUUUCUUUCGGGGAGCCGGUGCGGGCGCGGAAUCCGGGAGGUGUCCGCACAAAAGGCCGAGAGAAACUCCCCGUCGCCUCCCCUCCCUCUUGCCUUCCCCGCCCCCUCCCCUUCUCGCCUGCUCCCUCCUCAUUCAAACCUCGGCUGGCUCGUGUGGUGUCAGUUCAGUCCCGGCCGCCGCCGAGCGAGGAAAUGGCCGAGGAGCCGGAGCCGCAGGUUUUGGAAAUCCCUUGUCUCCAGGUUGCUGGAAUUGACUUCUUGCUCAACUGAAUCACUCACUUGAUGAAGACAAAGAGAACUAAUGCUUUGUGCUGACUCAUAUUUGAAUCAAAGCACCGGGGAGUCUGUCUGCCUUGUUUGUGGAGAGAUCCAGUGAUAGUAUCUAUCCCUGAGCUUCCUAAGACUUCUGAAGAUAAGAAGUUAGAGGAAUAUACACUUUUGAAUUUUUAUAGCAAAUAUUUGCUCUAGUUUUGUAGCCUCGGGCUGCUGGGCGUGUGAGUGACAAGUCUUUACAAGUGGCCUUAUUCCAGCUGCAGAGAUUCCUCAGCCAGACCCUUAUUUUAUAUACAGUCCUCAAGAGACAGGAGACAUGCCCACUCAAUCCCUCCUGGUGUACAUGGACGGACCAGAAGUUAUCGGCAAUUCUCUUGGCUCCCAGAUGGAGAUAGAUGAAGCCAUGACAAUAAAAGGGGCCACCGCUGUUCCUUUCAGAGCCACGCAGGAGAAAAGCAUCAUCCAGAUAGAAGGAUACCUGCCCCUGGACUGCAUGUUUUGCAGUCAGACCUUCACACGUUCAGAAGACCUCAAUAAACACGUCUUGCUGCAGCAUCGGCCGAUCCUCUGUGAGCCCGCUGUUCUGCGUGUUGAAGCCGAGUAUCUUAGUCCUCUUGAUAAAGGUCAAGUGAGAACAGAACCUCUGAAGGACAAGAACUGCAAGGAAAACGAAGAACUUAGCUGUGAAGUGUGUGGGCAGACGUUCAGAGUCGCUUUCGACGUCGAGAUCCACAUGAAGAAGCACAAGGACUCUUUCACGUACGGGUGUAACGUGUGCGGGAGGAGGUUCAAGGAGCCCUGGUUUCUGAAGAAUCACAUGCGAACCCACACGGGCAAGUCAGGGGCCAAGAGCAGACUGCAGCCAGGCCUGGAGAGCCCGGUGACGAUCAACGAGGUGGUGCAGGAGCACGCAGCCGGGACCAUCUCAUCUCCUUACAAGAUCUGCAUGGUUUGUGGCUUUCUGUUUCCAAAUAAAGAAAGUCUAAUUGAUCACAGGAAGAUGCACACCAAAGAAACUGCUUCCGGUCCCAGCAACCCACAGACAGACUCUCAGCAGGAGGGAAUGCCUUCUCCGGGGGAAGAGCUGCUGCAGUUUUUAAACUUAAGACCAAAAUCUCACCCCGAGAUCGCGAGGAAGCCGGCCAAAUGGAUACCUCAGCUCGACCCGUUCACCACCUACCAGGCCUGGCAGCUGGCCACCAAAGGGAAGGUCGCCGUGUGCCGGGAAGUGAAGGAACAGCCGGGCCAGGAAGGGAGCACUGACAAUGAUGAGUCGUGUUCAGACAAAGAAGAGCUGGGAGAAAUUUGGACCGCGAGUAAAAGCCAUCCUGAAGGUUCUGGAAAGUCCAAGACAAGUAAAAGCAGUUGUCCGGGCCUCUCACAAGACAAGGAGAAGCCUAGACACCCCAACGAAGUGCCUUCCGGGGACGCGGACCCCAAGUUACCCAGUAACAAAGAGAAGCCGACACAUUGCUCCGAGUGUGGCAAAGCCUUCAGAACCUACCACCAGCUGGUCCUGCACUCCCGGGUGCACAAGAAGGACCGGCGGGCCGAUGCCGAGUCGCCGACCAUGUCCGUGGACGGGAGGCAGCCGAGGACAUGUUCUCCAGACCUGCCGCCCACCCUGGAUGAGAAUGGAGCCAUCGACCGGGAAGGUGGCUCAGAAGACGGGUCCGAGGACGGGCUUCCGGAAGGGCUCCCCCUGGAUAAAAAUGAUGAUGGAGGGAAAAUAAAGCAUCUUACAUCCUCAAGAGAAUGUAGUUAUUGUGGAAAGUUUUUCCGUUCAAAUUAUUACCUCAAUAUUCAUCUCAGAACGCAUACAGGUGAAAAACCAUACAAAUGUGAAUUUUGUGACUAUGCUGCAGCCCAGAAGACCUCUCUGCGGUAUCACUUGGAGAGACAUCACAAAGACAAGCAGGUCGAUGUUGCUGCCGAAGUCAAGAACGAUGGGAAAAACCAGGAGACUGAAGAUGCACUUCUAACCGCUGACAGUACGCAAACCAAAAAUUUGAAAAGAUGUUUUGAUGGUGCCAAAGAUGUUAAAGGCAGCCCACCUGCAAAGCAACUGAAGGGGAUGGCCUCUGCCUUUCAGAACGUUCUGGGCAGCGCUGUCCUCUCACCAGUACACAGAGAUACUCAGGAUUUCAGCAAAAAUGCAGCUGAUGACAGUGCUGAUAAAAUGAGCAAAAAUCCUGCCCCUGCUUAUUUGGACAUGCUAAAAAAGAGAUCAGCAGCUGAACCUCAGGCCAACAACCUCAUCUGUAGAACAGAAGUGGACGUCACCCCGCACCCAGAUGGCAGUGCGGCCCACGGCGUGGAAGUCGGCCACAAGGAGAAGCGAGCGGAGGCCGCCGCGGACUGCAAGUACAGGCCAGGCGUGGACUGUCAAGAAAAGCCGCUGAACUUAUCCCUCGGGGCUCUCCACGGGUGCCCGGCGGUUCCUCUGGGUAAAAGUGCAACCACAAGUAACACCUGCCCGUUUUGUACCUUCAAGACAUGUUACCCAGAAGUUUUAACGAUGCACCAGAGACUGGUGCAUAAAUACAACCCCAACAUCCAGAAAAGCUAUAGAAACAAGUCUUUACUUCAAAGUAGACGGACCGGAUGCCCACCAGCUUUACUGGGAAAAGACGUGCCCCCGCUGUCUGACUCCUACAAGCCCAAGCCCAAGCCCGCCCUCCCAGCGCAGCCCAAAGCCCUGCCGUCCGAGAAGGCGAAGCCCCGCCCCGCCGGGCCCGGCAGGGCCCCCCUCACUUCCGGGAUCGACGCCAGCACUUUAGCCCCGAGUAACCUGAAGUCCCACCGGCCGCAGCAGGGUGUCACGGGGCAGGGGGCCACAGCCACCAGGCAGCAGUCUUCCGAGAUACUCGUUAAAACCAGCAUUUCUCCGGCUCCGGACAAAACCAAGAGGCCCGAGCCCAAACUCAAGCCUCCAGUGGGGGCCCCGGCCCAGCCCUCCGCGGGCAGCAGCGCCGUCAACGGCUGUGCCGACCACCCCCCCAAGAACGACGGCCCCUGGGUGCCCCCGGUCAGAGACUACUUCUGCGGCCGGAGCAGCGGCGCCGAGCUGGGGGAGCCGCACCCCAAAAGGCUGAGGUCGGGGGCGCCGGCCUUGGACGUGGACCAGCCCGGCCCCAAUUACCGCAGGGGCUUCGACCUCCCCAAGUACCACGUGGUCCGCGGGAUCACGUCGCUGCUGCCCCAGGAGUGCGUGUGCCCUCCGCCCACGGUGCUGCCCCCCAAGCCCAGGUUCCUGGGGUCCGGGGAGGCCGACGCGGCCGGCGUGCUGAGCGUGCAGAAGCCCUACGGCGGGGCCGGAACCCUGUACACCUGCGGCCCCGCGGGCCCCGCGGCCGGCCCAGCGCUGGAAGGAAAAAGGCCAGUGUCUUAUCAACACUUAUCUAGCAGCAUGCUACAAAAGCGGAACUAUGAGAAUUUUAUUGGGAAUGCACAUUAUCGACCAAAUGACAAAAAAACUUGAUUUUUCUAUUUUGGGGAUGAAAGGUCUUGAUGGAUGUAAGUGUGUACUCUCCAUGAAAUUAAAUUAGUUCAUCUUUUGAAAAAGCAAAUGGUGAAAGCUACUGAAAUAAGCUGUGAUUGUACUGUAAAUAUAACAUAUAAGGAACACUACGGUUUUGUAAAGUUGUUCUGUUAAUUUUUGUACCAAAUAGCAAUAAAAACUAUAGUUGAAACAGUUGGGUUGUACACAGAUGGAGACCAGACAUCUCUAUUUUGCCCCAAAUAAUAUUUUUUUUUAGAAUUGACCAAAUAAGAAAUGGAAUUUUUUGCAUACUUGAGCGCUGCUGAAAAGAAAUCAUUUGGGUUGGGGGGGGUGGGAUGGGGAGAAAGUAUAUAACGCUUGCACCUCAGGUAAAAAUCUGUAAAUAUACGUUGUAGACCUGCUUGUUUAAAUACUGUGUGUAUUCUUUUUCGCUCGUGUGGCUCAUCGCUUUGAGCAAGUUUCUGCUGUUUGUCCUACUUCAUUUAAAAUGUAUGUUUCUAAAAAAAAAAAUUCAAUGAUUUGUAUAAUGUUAAAUCCUCCACAGUCUAUUGUCUUUGACAAAAUUGUUAACUGAAGCAUCGACCUAUGAUACGUGCUGUGUGACCGAGGUCAGCCGUUCUGAACUGGGUGCCCUUCACUGCAAAUUUCAGGGCAUCGUCCGAGAAGGACCUCGAUCCACCGUCCUCUUCUGAGUGAAUGGGUGGUUUGUGGGACUUUUAAGCGCGUGUAUCUGCAGAGAAGUAUUCCCUCUGUAGGCCAGCUGCACGUUCAGUAAACAUACCACAUUGUGUGUAGAGUUACUUAAAUUUGUUUUCUAUCAAAUUAAUCAUUUCUGUUGGAAAAUUCGUGGGGUUUUUUUGGCGUUUGCCUAAAUUAGUACAUUAAAAAAUAUAAACGUUAAACUAUACAGGUGAAUUACAUACAUUGGAAGCAAUUUUAAAGGAAACGAGGGUGAAUUUUAGGUUUGUAUUUGGAGGGCUUGGUGCACCUGGCAUUCGGGUUAACUGUGGACACACUCAAGUAAAUCACGGGCACGUCAGUUCUGCACCAGGAGUGGUGCCCGGGGAAGAGGGACUCUGUUCUGAGACCUCAGUUGUCUUCCCAGGGUUGGCUGGUUUGAAGCAGCGUUUUUCUCAGUGUACAAGCAAUUUGGGUUUUUAAAGAGAGGAUAGCCACCAGCUGGCUUACUAAAUGUUUUAAACUUUUGUUCCUUUAAUCCUCUGUCCACGGCUGAGUGUAUUCAGCAGUACCUGGGUUUAGCGACGACAAAAUAUACUUUAUGAAGAAACUGUAUCAAAAUAAAUUUGCACUGUUAAUUUGUCUUGCCCGGCCCUUCUCCAUCAGAGGAAGGGUAAUGUCCUAAAAGAAUCCUGAUUUUUUUUUGUUUGUUUUCAUUAUGCAACAUGACGCCUACUUGAUAGAGAAGUCUUAACUCCCGUGGGCAAAGGGAGGCCUAAUUGGAGAACAGUCUUCUGGCAUCGCAAUGAAGUGCUUUGUAUCAGGAAAGUGUACACUAUUUACUUUUUUCCUGUCCACAAGCUGAGCCAUAUGUACAUAAUCUAGAUGUUUGUUUUCAUAGUUUUGCACUUUUAUAGCCUAUUUUUGAAGAUUAACACAUUUACAAGAUAAUUGACCUGAUCUUGACCUAAUGCAAUGAGUGUUCCAGACAGCUUGCUGUGACUAUAAAUACAAAUCCUAAAAGUGGAUACAUGAUAAUAGAGGGCUGAAAUUUAAAUCUGUAUUUAAAAAAAAAAAUCACCAAAUCUAUUUGAAAACAAGUCAAUUUGUGUUUUGCUGAAAUUUGGGGGCUUUUAAAUUUCUCCUUUUUAACUACGUUUCUGAAUGCAUACAGAUGUCAGUUUUUUUUUUUUCCCCUACAGCCCUUGUACUCCAAAAUUUGUUUUUUGGUCCAUCAGUAUUAACUAUUGGGAUACUACUGGUUUUGUGUAUUUUUUUUUUCCUUUGAGACAACAGUACAUAUAAUAGAGGUACAAUCCUUUGGAUUUUUUGUUUAUGUAUUUAUUUCAUUCCAGUUUGAUUUAUUUUAAUUGUUGAUACUUAAGUUGUCAAACUGUAGACAUUACUUGUUUUAUUUAUGAUAUAUUUCAGCUUAAAGUUAUGUUAUUAUAUGUGGAUGUAAAUAUAGAUUUGGUGUUUUGCA